UGGCCACACUGAUCAAAUCUGGUUCUUUUUCAUGGCUGACGUUCGAAGGAAUUGACUACAGUCAUGAAGCUGAACGUCUCCUACCCGGCAACGGGAUGUCAAAAGUUAUUCGAAGUGGUGGAUGAGCACAAGCUCCGUAUCUUCUAUGAGAAGCGUAUGGGCGCAGAAGUUGAAGCGGACCAACUAGGAGAUGAAUGGAAGGGUUACGUUCUCCGCGUCGCUGGCGGUAACGACAAGCAAGGAUUCCCCAUGAAACAGGGUGUCCUUACCAACAGUCGUGUCCGUCUGCUUAUGUCCAAGGGUCACUCUUGCUACCGACCACGUCGUGAUGGAGAGAGGAAACGAAAAUCUGUUCGUGGAUGCAUUGUUGAUGCUAACCUCUCAGUGUUGGCUCUUGUGAUCGUUCGUAAGGGUGCUCAGGAAAUCCCUGGCUUAACUGAUGGAAAUGUACCUCGCCGUCUGGGACCCAAACGAGCAUCUAAGAUCCGCAAGCUGUUCAAUUUGACUAAAGAAGAUGAUGUACGCCGUUAUGUUGUUAAGCGUCUACUCCCAGCAAAGGAGGGCAAAGAAAAUGCCAAACCCAGAUAUAAGGCUCCCAAAAUUCAAAGGCUGGUGACCCCGGUAGUGCUGCAGCGCAGACGCCACCGUCUAGCCCUCAAGAAGAAGCGUCUGGCAAAACGCAAGUCUUCAGAGGCUGAGUAUGCCAAACUGUUGGCCCAGAGAAAGAAGGAGUCUAAGGUACGUCGUCAAGAAGAGCUAAAACGCAGGCGUUCAGCUUCCAUGCGUGAUUCAAAGAGCUCCAACCAGAGUGCGCCGCAAAAGUGAUCUUACUCAAAAAAAUAAAAAAUGUAAAACCUAUCUUUGUAUUUUUUUUUACCAAACCAAAACGUGGAAUAACCGCCUUUACGUUCGGUUUAAGAUGGGGGAUUUUCUUUCCCAACCACUGUCGUUCUUUCAAAAUAAAUCGAAACGACGUAAGUCGAGACAUUUUACAUAUCGUCGGUGAUAUUCUGAAACCGCGGAACUAACAGUGUUUAAAACCGCGUAUUUACAAAACUAGCAGCUUCGUUGUAGUGAUUGGCUGCGUUCUGUGAUGAAGGCUGGGCCUAUUAUCCAAUAGGAAGCCGUGAAAUCGAAUGUCUUUUAAUCCGCGUAACGUCAGGUGAUUGUUUAUUGUGCCCAAACCGCGUAUGCAUGUAACUUGCUACUGGUUCGACGAAACCGCCUGUGAUUUCAGAGCUACCACUUACGCAUCAUUUUUCAUUGAUUAUUUGACUAAGUUAUUAGAAGAAGAUUGCAGGGAUGUUGCCAUCUGGACGGAUGGCUGCACUGCACAGAACAGAAACUCAAUAGUUUCUAAUGCCCUUAUAAGAUUAGCAGUAGACAAAAAUACAACAAUUACAGAAAAGUAUCUGGAAAAAGAUCACACUCAAAUGGAGGUUGCCUCCGUACACUCCGUAGUGGAAAGAAAGCUGAAAAAUGUUGAAAUUUUUCUUCCUUCUCAGUAUGCCUCAAUUACAAAAGAAGUCAGGAAGCAUCCUUCUCCAUACCAGGUUUUUCAACCAGAUUACACCUUUUUAAAGACUGCUGGAGAUGAUUGCGUAGUGGAUCUGAGGGUUUUAAAGUAUAAUCCUAACGGCACAAUAGAGUUUAAAAAACACUUUAAAGAUGAUUUCAGCCCACUUCCUCGGAGACCAAAACCUAUUUCAGCUGUAGUUAUAAUGUACCUUCCCUGUAUUCAUCUAGACUGCCUAUAUUAGACAGUAAGUAUCAGCACUUACAGCAAUUAAAGAGUGUGAUACCUGCAGAUUGACACUUAUUUUACGAUAAUUUGCCAUUUAAGAAAAAGUAAUGUUUUAUUGAUCUCAUUAUUAACAAAGACCUCAAUGUGCAAUAAUUAUUCUACUCAGAAGUAAUAUUGAUAUACGUUUUGUUCUUCAUUUUUAGUUUUAACUGUUAAUUAGUAAGUACCCUCUCAACAAGGUAUGUUUAACACACUUAGCUAUAAAGAGCUAUUUUUUUUAACAUUAUGGGGAUUUAUGGUGUUAAUUUCCUGUAUAUUGUUGAUUACCUAAUGUACCGGUGAUAAAUAUGUGCCAAAAAUUAAACUCUGAAGUUGACUUAAUAAAUAAUUAUAGGAUGUUGAUUGUAUUCUUUUGUUUUAUUUCGGCGGACAAUUCCGCUUCAGUGACA